UCUCUCUGUCUUUUGAAUGUGGUGAAGUCAUAUAUUACAGACGAGGGUGUUUGCUGUAUUUGUGUUGGCCGUCCUGAGUGGUGCACUCUGUACUGUGUAUAAGGAAGAAGAAGCGCGAGAAAGAACACACCUAUUCACCUGAAAGCUACUACACAACGGUCAACAUGUCCAACAAAGGUCCUCAAUUUGGUUUGUCCCGGGAGGUGCAGAACAAGAUUGAUAAGAAGUAUGACCAGGAGCUGGAGGAGAGGUUGGUGGAGUGGAUCAUGGCCCAGUGUGGCUCGGGCGUGGAAAGGCCUGAGCCAGGGAGGACCGGAUUCCAAAACUGGCUGAAGGAUGGAUGUCUGCUGUGUGAAUUCAUUAAUACCCUGUUCGGAGCCAAAAAGCCCAUCAGGGCCAUCAAGAAGUCCACCAUGGUGUUCAAGCAGAUGGAACAAAUAUCCAUGUUUCUCAAAGCUGCAGAAGACUAUGGAAUCACCAAAACGGACAUAUUUCAGACUGUUGACCUCUUUGAAGGCAAGGACCUGGCUGCCGUGCAGAGGACCCUGAUGGCUCUGGGCUGUUUGGCCAUCACAAAGGACGAUGGGUGUUACAAAGGAGACCCCAGCUGGUUCCACAGGAAAGCCCAAGAGAACAGGAGAGAUUUCUCAGAGGAACAGCUGACCGAAGGCAAGUGUGUUAUCGGCCUGCAAAUGGGCACAAAUAAGGGAGCAUCUCAAGCUGGAAUGACAGGCUACGGACAAGCCAGGCAGAUCAUCAAUAACAACCCCUAAACCCUCCUCCAAGAAACUCCUUCUCCUGACUCUUACCUUGGCCAUCUGGAGAAAUGUAACCUGACUGUUUUCAAACAUAACUGGACCAAAACCGGGACCAAUGCACAUUUAUCAUGUUUGGCACACAUACAUAGAUUGAUACCUUUAACAUUGCAAGUGAACAAUUAGACAGAGCAUUUAACACAGUGAAUUGUAAAGGAUUUUCCUAAAGGGUCAUUCCAGUUGUUUUGCAUGUUUUAACCCACUACCUAAAAAAGGAAUGUGCUUUAGUUUUCUGAAAAACUUGAUUUUAGAUUACUGUUUUCACCGGAUACGCAAAGGUUUCAGUUAUUUUCAGUUCACUAUAAAAAAGCACCUUGCAGAGACCUGUGACUUGCUUGAGACACAUUCACAUUCAACGUCGUUUUUUUCAGUUUUUAUUUCAACACCUACAUUAUUGCAGCAGGCAAUUUAAAAAAUCUGCCCGUUGGUGCAUUCAAGGACACUCUGAAAUCUGACGAUGUUUAAUGGAUGAAAAAAAACAAUCCAUUAUUUUACACGAUGUCCAUAUUUGCUUGGUUGCAAUUAUACCACAAAUGAAUGCGUCACUAAGGAGAGAUUUUAAGAAGUCUGAACAAAACUGAUAUAUAGCUAAAACCAAAAAAUGUGCCAAAGGGAAAAUGAUACACUGGUUAAGUGAAUAGUGACAAUGUUAUCAAAAGCAAGUUUGUCUCAUUUGUUGUGUACUGGACUGGAUUAAAUUGCAACGUGGAAGGUAA